AUGCCCGUAGCGUCCUCCAGCAAACCCACGACAACGGCCCGCACGCGUAUGGCGCCCGCUACGCGCAGGCAAGCCACUGCUGCGACGAAAGUCACGCUGGAUAAAGCGGCCGACCAGCUCGCGGAUGCUCUGGCCACUUCGCUCGCUAUCAAGCCGCAAUCUAGGACGACGCGCACCACCACCACGGCAACGCCUACAACAACGACGACGACAACCAGGAAGACGGCACGUGCACCCCUACUUCCAACGACGUUCAAGCAGAGCGCACCACCGCCGCCUAGCGCCGAACCAAAGCGCAGUGCGGCAGACGCGAUGCGCGCGGCGAAUGCCGCUUCGCAGGCGCUUAGUGCGCUUGUGCAAGGGGGAGAUAAGAAGGGGAAGGGGAAGGGCGAGGACGGGGCGGUGCUGGGUGCGAGGGCGAGGAAGGCGUUGGGCGAGUUGAGGGGGAUGAGGCCGGGGAGUUUGGAUACGGAACGGGCGGCGGGGAGUGUGGUUGGGAAGUUGAUUGCGCUUGAGCUUAUGACUACCGCACUGGAUAUUAUGAAAGACAUGCAUUCGCCACUGGUCAAUCUGAUCACUGAAUCCGCUGAACCCGCAUCAACUCCAACAGCGCUCAACCUACUCUCAUUGCCGCUUCCAACAAAACCCGUGGACGAAGUCCUGGCUUCUUUAUGCGCGUCAUUCCUAUUGCACGCUCUCAUCGUCAACGCCAACCUCCCCCACGACCUCAUGAAGCUCACACACGCCCUCGCCUCCCCGAACACAACAUCCCUAACGACCUGGAUCUGCGCCUGCCCCUCCAUACCAACGAAAUACGCCGACGGCCUCUUGACGCGCGCCUAUACUGCUCUAGCGAAACGCACCUCCGACCAAUCACUCGACCCCUGCCCCGCCCUUCAUCUCAGACAACACGCCCUCCAAUGUCUCCUCCUCACCACGCCCGGCACCGUCGAGCCCGCUACAUUCUGGGACCAAGCCGUGAAGUUCGGCGUGGGCUUCGCGAGGGCCACGCCUGCGUUAUGGCUCGCGGGCGGAGGGAGCACGUUCGAGAAAGAGAAGGAGGCGACGAGGCGCGUUAUGGAUGUAUACCACGUCCUGUACGAGGGCGCACAGAAGCGGGAGGACGCGCGGGCGUUCUGCGCCGGGAAGGCGUUCUUGAACUUUUGUGACUAUUGGUUGGGCUACGCGAAGAAGAGUGGCGAUAUGACAGCGUUGGACAAUGUUGCGGACAUCAUGCGUGCAGUCCGUAUAUCGACUUCACAGUCCAGCACAGAUCCAAUGCUGGAUACCGACGAGCGGCCGGCAUCGCCAACGAAAGUCGCCGCACCAGCAUCACCUACCAAAUCGCGCUCCGUAUCACCCAGCAAACGCUCUCGCACAUCGCCCACCCUUCAACUCGCACAACUAUGCGCGCCACUCGUACAAGCCACGGCGCUAUUCGAAGAGCUCGAUUCAUUUGACGGUUCAGACGCCGAACUGCAAACGCGCGCCACCGAUGCGCUCGAGGCCGUCCGCACCCUCCGCUCCAUCGACCCCGGCUCCGGCUCGGGCGAUGACUUUGACAAGAUGCAGUCCAAAGCUCGCCGCGCGCUCGAGCGCUUACGUCGGGCGCUCGUCCGUUGCCUCUCCACAUCGCUCGCUCCUGCACGGGCGAAGCUCGUCCGUGCCGUACUCGACGAAGUCGUCGGCGCGCUACAAGACGCAUUGACGGACGAAUCUGUCGCAGAGGACUACACGCCCCUCCUCGACGCGCUCUUCACCCUCGCGCGCACCUCCAGCGGCCCGACACCCGACAGCGCAUACACAUACCUCUCCCGCGCCGCCACGGUCCUGCACCUCUCAGAGCCCUCACCCACCGCCCCGCACGUCUACGAUGCACCCGUCAACCUACCCCCCGGCUUAGAAAAGGACGCCCCCGCGCACGCGAACCUCGUGCGCUGUCUCGCGGGCGCGCACCACAACAUCGCGGGCGCGCUGUACGCGAGCAGUCCGCCCCGACCCGGGCAUGCGGCGCGGUUUAUGAGGGGGGCGUGCGUGUUGGGUGGGGUGGCGUUGAGGUUGUAUCGGGAGAGCGAUGGGGCAAGAGGCGGGGAGGAGGGCGGAGAGGGAGAGGGGGAGGUGUGGAGGCAGCUGGAGGAGCAGAUGAGUAGGCGGUGGGAGCUGCUUGGUGUAUGCUACGCCAAGAUUGCCGAUCGCAAGAUGGCGCACGACGCCUUCGCGCGCGCCAUCACAUCGCACGUCUUCACGCCCGCCCACCUCUCCCAAAUCCGCACGCUCGGCCCCUCGGCCUUCUUCGCGCAGCCCGCCCUCUCGCCCCUCGCGACGCUCAUAGACAGGACGACGUACAUGUCCGCCAUCGAACUCUGCGCACCCUCCGCCGUAUCCCUCUCGCGUCUGCAGAACGAGCUCCGGGUCAACGGCGCGGACCGAGCUUGCGUCCUCGGCGCCCUGCUCGAACGUCAGCUCGAGAGCCUGCGGAGCAGCAUGUGGAAAGACGCCGCGCGCAGAGCCGCGGGCACGCUUUUCGCGGAACUGCUGGAUCUGUAUGAACCAGCACGCAAACCCAUCCGGCGCGCGGGCGUUCUGUGCAGACUGCGCGAAGCGGCGUACUACGCCCCCUCCUCCUCCUCCUCCUCCUCCUCUGACAAUCCUCUCGCGCGACUCGCAGCCGAAGACCCGCUCCCGCUCCUGCGCGCCCCGCCCUCGCUCGACCGCGAACUGCUACACCUCCGCCCAUUAUACGCCGCCACGUCGCACCUCUGGGCCGCGCUCCUCGCCCAUCGGGACGGAAAGGACGACGCGGGCGAAGAGGCGGCGCAGCACAUCUCCGAGGCGUGUCGCGUGUUGCGCGAUCAGGGUUUCUCUGUGUCCACAAAUGAGGAGAGCGUGAAGAGCCCGCCCAAGGUCGCGGUGCGGGGCAAGAGGGCCGUCAGGACGGGUGCGCCUGCGGCGAAGGUGCCGAAGACGCCGCGGAAACCGUCCAGUAGGAAGGCCGCCCCGUCAAGUCCUAAGGGGAAGGAGAAGGAGGCGGGAAAGGCGGGGGAGAGCGGGAAGGAGAGGGAGAGCCCGCAUGGGUGGAGGGAGCUGUUUGGGCUUAUGAGGCUCUGUGUGGAGUUGAUGGGGUUUAUGGCGCAUGUGGUGCUGAAGGUGCAGUUGUUGCAUGCGGCGCGGGUGUUGGCGGAGAGGUGUGGUGGGGACGACGAGUACAUACUCGCAUCGACCGAGCUGGCCACCGAGUAUCUCGGCCUUGGGAGGUUGCAGCGCGCCGGACGCGUGUUCAAUGCCGCGCUGGACAAGUUCAGAGCGGGCAAAGGCAGCGAGAGCACGCGGGUGUUCUUUCUGCUGCGCCAUUCGCAGACGCUUGCGGUUCUUGGGGAUCUGGGGCAGAGCGAGACGUCGUACAUCGACGCGGACAGGUUGGCGAAGGAUAUACUCGAAGACGAGAAGGACCCGAGCGCGACUGCACGGAUGAGGGUCAGGGUGCAGCGCAUUGAGCGCACUGCGCUGGCCGCUGGUGCUAUCGCUGAGAUACGUCUCGCCAAGGACGAUCCCACGGCGGCACUCGAUGCGCAUCUGCAGGCUCUACGGCUGUACAACCGCGCUCUAGCAACGCUUUCGCGCUUCAACGCGCCCACACCCGCCGCCACCGAAGAUGAUCCUUUCGCGUCACCAGCCAAACCCGGACCCGGACCCGGCGAAGAGCCCAAGCCGCCCACCAAUGCCCCUCCCACCCCGCUCCUCCCCACCCCCUCCUUCCGCGGCCUCGAAUGGCGCAUCGCCCGCGGCCUCCUGCACACCCUCCUCACCCUCUCCUCCCUCUACACAACCCGCGGCUCCGCGCGCGAAGCGCAGUACUUCGCCUCGCAAGCCGAGACGCUCGCGCUCUCCCUCCGCGCGCCGUCCUACACCGGCGCGGCCCUCGCACGGCGCGGCGAGCUCGCGCUGCUCACGGGUCGCGCGGACGAGGCGGGCGAUGUACUCGUGAGAGCCGCCGGGGCGCUCGGGAGCUUGCAGGGGCCGGAGCUGGCGGAUGUGCAGAGGGUUUAUGCGGAUUUGUAUGCAAGGGGGAGCGAGGAGGGCGAGGCGAGGAGGUUGUAUAGGGAUGCGGCGGGGAUGUUGGAGGAUUUGGGCGCGUUGUUGUUGGGGGUGGAGAGUGGGAGGAGGGUCAGUAUUGUGGGGGGCGAUAUGAUUCGGCCGGGGUUGUUUUCUGCGCUUUUGCGGAGACACAUAUGGCUGCUGAGGCACGAGCUUGGGGAGGAGUACCAGGAGCUGUUGCAGAAGCUUUCUGCGCUGCCUGCGUCUGAGGAUAUGAAGGCCGAGGAGCGCGCGCUGAUUGGGAAGUUGACGCUACACGAUGCGUUUGAGCAUUUCCGGGAGGAUAUCUUCUUGAGUAGUAUAACCGAGUCUGUCAUCGCAUUGCCCAUGAGCGUCUCAAGCGACAAGCUAGCGACGAACUCUCAAGAGACUGCACGUCUACUGAGCGUCGCUGAUGGGUUGUUCAUGCAGAACCUAUCGGCGAUGGUACGGAGGGGACAGGUGGCGAGUGUACGCGAAGCUGCGAUCUACCUCGCCUAUGUCCGCGCUUUGCAAACUUCGGUCGGUCGCGAGACUGAGGAUGUGCCGCUUAUCAUCGCGAAUUUACUCGACGCGAGCGCCGCUCUUACUCUGCAUCGCGAGAUGCUCGAGAUCAUCCAAAACAAGUUCCAGCAAACCCUCGCCGACGACCUCCGCUGGCCGACCCUCUCCGGCGACCCGCCCCUCAUCGUCCCUCCAAAACGCGCCUCCUCUCCCUCCCCCUUCUCGCUCGAAUCCGACCCCGAAGACGAGCCCACCACGGAAUCUUCGACCGCAGCGUAUUGGAAAGCCGUGCGUCAGAAGUACGCCAGCGCAUCCCUUACACCUGCCGAGCUCUCCCGCGCGCGCGUCGACGCGUUACCGCCGCACUGGACCGUCGUGCACAUAGCCGUCACCGAAGACCGCAACACGCUCUUCCUAUCCCGACAACGCGCGGGCCAAGCUCCGCUCGUGCUGUGUCUUCCGCUCCGCAGCGACGAGGAAGAGCAUCUGGCGUUUGGCGAUGCAUUGCACGAGUUGUCGGAGAUUGUGCGGUUGAAUGAUGAGACGACGCGGGCGGCGGCGACGGUGAGGGGCCAGGAUCGGGAGGCGAGGGCCGAGUGGUGGGCGCAGAGGGCGGCGCUGGAUACGAGGCUUAAGGAGCUGUUGGAGAAUGUGGAGUUUUGCUGGUUGGGCGCUUUCAAGACCGUCCUGGGCGAACCCGUGGACAUGCCUGCAGAAGUCCUCGCCGACUUCCGCGCCCGCCUGGACAAAGUGUUCAAGCGCGCGCUCGCCACACAAAAGAAGAAACAGACGCGCGUCCAGCUCGACGACUCCCUCCUCGCCUGCAUCGCCACGCUCCCCGCCAAAAGCCGCGACGAGGAGCUCGAGGACCUCGUGUACUACAUCCUCGACCUCUACCAGUUCCACGGCGUCCAAGUGGCCAUCGCGGAAGUGGACGUCGACCAGGUCGUCGUGGACCUGCGCGCCGCGCUCGAAGAGCACGCACACAAGAUGCGCGGGCGCACGAAGGCCGUGCCCGAUGCGCAUACGUUCCUCGUGCUGGACAAGAACGUGCAGGGUAUACCCUGGGAGUCGAUCCCCACGCUCCGGGGACACAGCGUCAGCCGGAUCCCGAGCGUCGACUUCCUGCUCGACCGCCUCGACCUCGUCCGCUGGCGCCGCGGCGACGGCCCCAACACCACCACCCCCGUCGACCGCGCCGACAUCGACGUCUGCAACGCAUUCUACGUGCUCAACCCCUCCGGCGACCUCACCGGCACCGAGAAGCGCUUCGCGGACUGGCUGCGCACGAUGGAGCGCGCGGGGUGGGAGGGUAUUGUCGGGAAAAAGCCGAGCGAGCAGCAGGUCGUUGACGCGCUGGGGCGGAAGGAUCUGUUUGUGUAUUUUGGGCAUGGCGGGGCGGAGCAGUUUGUAAGGUCGCAUAAGGUGAGGCAUUUGGAGCGGUGCGCGGCGGCGAUGCUGUGGGGGUGCUCGUCGGGGCUUAUGCGCGAUAUGGGCGAUUUCGAUCGGACGGGGACGCCGUAUAAUUAUAUGCUUGGUGGAUGUCCGACGCUGGUGGCGAACCUAUGGGACGUGACCGAUCGCGACAUCGACAAGUUCACCCAAUCCGUCUUCGACGAGCUUCACUGGACGCCCGAAAGCUUGAAGAAGACGGCAAAGUCGAAGCAGACGUCUGUCGUUGCGGCUGUGGCUCGUUCGAGGGAGGUUUGCAAGUUGAAGUAUCUGACUGGGGCGUCGCCUGUGGUUUAUGGUAUACCCUUCUACUCGUAG